GACGGAAAUCGUCAAACUCCGGGUUGUUUUGGUGCCAUUAACGAACUACAGCUUUAGAAAUUCUUUUAAGUUGUAGUCUACUAAAUUUUUCUUUAUUGGGAUUGUUUUGGGGUGUUCCAAAAUCAUCCACAGUAAUUUUGACUUAUAUUUGGCCUUAUAGCUAAGGCGGAGGAUAAGUUCUGUUGCCAUUAGCGCUAACGUUAACAGAACUGUAGGACACAGAGUCUUUUAAAAAUGUUGUCAGCAUCACAGCUUUUGUGGUUUCUCGCCUUUCCGAUACUAUAUUCAUUAGCUGAAGGAAUCAAAGUGUUUGCACCAGAAGGAAGUGACGCCAUCCUGCCUUGCUCGUUCAGCACCAAGGAGAACAUUGUACAAAAGCUGUUUGACUGGAGGAAAGUUGAUCCAAAUAAACAGGAGGUGUUCAUGUAUGACGGAGGCCUUCAUUACAGUAACGGCCUUCCAGGUCAAGACGAGCACUUCAGAGGACGGGUCUCAUAUUUUUCACAAGAGCUGCAGUUUGGUAACGCCUCCAUCAUCAUCAGAAACACCACGGUGGCUGACAGUGGAAACUACACCUGUGGUUUUCCACAUCUGCAGCCAGAACAAACAUUCAACAUUAAACUUGUUGUUGAGCAUGUGAUCACAGACCGAUUUGGAGAUACCCCAGGUGCAGUUCUGAAGCCACUUGUUGGGAUCCUGAACAUCAGCGAGGACAAGGCGUGGCUGAAGUGUGAGGUCAGAGGUGCUUCUCCAAAGCCUAAAGUAGAGUGGAGGGACAGCGAUGGAAACAUCCUUCCUGCUGAGGAGCCACAGGUGUCAUACAAAGGAGACCACUACUACAUCACCCUCCUCACCACGGUGACCAGGACAAACACUAACAUCUUCCACUGUGUAGCCACGCAGGAGGAGAUCGGCCAUAAGACUAAGGAUAAGCUCUAUGUCCCUUACUGUGCUGAGGCUCCAAAGCCACACAUAACCAUACUUGGUGCUACUGAAUCCGGGGUGCAGCUGAAGUGUGAUGUUGGAGGUGUUCAUCCCAAGCCGAAGCUACAGUGGAAGGACAGCGAUGGAAAUGUUCUUUCUGCAGAGGACCCAGUGAUCUCAGAAAGAGGAGGCCGCUACAACGUCACCCUCUGCACUACUGUGACCCCGACCAAAACCAACUGCUUCCACUGUGUAGUUAAACAGGAGGGCUCGUACCAAGUGAUUGAUCAAGAGAUCAAUUUGUCAGCAAUUUCAGAAAACCUGUUCAAAAGCAAAUCUGGACAAGUUAUCACUGGAUGGCUGGGUGGAUGUUUCAUUGGAAUCCUAAGUUUUGCUUUCGUUCUGGCUGUGCUUGUGACUACAAAGACCAUCUCAAUACACUUUAAUAGAGGCUGCCUUAGGAAUGCAAACAGUUCCUCAGAGGAGACAACAGCACCAGGUUCUGAGACAGGCCCAGAAGAAUUACGAGUUCUAAGGAACGGUUCAGUGGUUUGAUCCCCAGCUACUUCACACUGUUCAUGGGCAAACUACUGAAACACAGAUUCUCCGUGUGUAUGUGCCAGUUAGUUAGAAAGCACUGUGUACAAAGAUGAAG